AUGCCCAGCUUUCAAGAUAGUUUCUGGACGGGCGACUAUGCCGCAGGCCUCGGGGUUCUGUUCAGCAAGCUGCAGCAGGGCGUUAUCGAGAACCGGCAGGUCUUGACAAUCGCCCGCAUGCGCGCAGAGGCAGAGGAGGCUUAUGGCCAGAAGCUUUCCGAGAUCGCCCCCGCAGCCGACAAGAUCCAGGGCGGUUUCGCCAGAGACGAUGGCGCCAGCGUUCGCAAGGCAUUCGACGGCGUGCGGACCGAAAUGGUGGACGGCGCAAAGAAUCACAAGAAGAUCGCCCAGAACAUCCGAGACCUGGUCGUGAACCCCUUUUCGAGGUGGUGCGAGGCCCACGAGACGCGCAUACAAGACUCCCAGGACGAGCUGCAGACCCGGAUCAAGGCCCACGACAGACAGGCCGAGCAGGUCAAGAAGCUGAGGAGCAACUACUUCAACAAGUGCCGCCUGGUCGAGGAUCUCGAGGAGGAGAACAAGUUCGCCUUCCAGGACCCGCAGGACAGCCCCAAACCCAACAUUCCCGAGAUCAAGGUGUCGGACAACAAGGAGGCUGAUGUCAGCGACGAGGACGAGGUGUUUGAGAUUGGCGACGAGCAUUUCGAUGCAGAGGAGAUGAAGAAGCGCCUGGCUCACAUGCUCAACAACAUCAAGCUGCAGGAUACCAAGGUGCCGAUCCUGGGAACGUAUAUGAAUACUUCUGCCGGCGCGGACAUUGUCGAGUACCUGCAAAAGUACAUGGACACCACCAGCGUCAGCUAUGCAGAGCGCAUCGGACAGGACCUGGUCUCGGCCGGUUUCUUGAGGCUUGUGGGAAACGUUGGCAACACGUUCGCCAAUAGCUCCAAAUUGUUCUACCAAUGGCGGCCCAAGGCGUUCCAGCUGUCCGGUGUUCCGGAGAAGAAGCCAGCGGUUGGCAGGACAUUCUCGAUGGCGUCGAACGGGCCGGAUAAUGCCGACUCGCCCGUCGUGGGCACGCUCAACGAGUACCUCGCGAACUGGAACCCCCUCAACAACCCAUACCCCAACGAGACCCCGGCAGACCGCCUGCGCAGGGAGCAGAGGGAAGCCGAUGACAAGUACAAGACCGGUGUCAGGAAGCUGGACGAGACGAGAUGCGAGCUGGAAGAGGCCAUCUCGGUGCACCUCAAGUUCCUGGAGCGCUGUGAGCUCGACCGGCUGAAGGCCAUCAAGACCGUCAUCCUCGACUUCUCGGGUGCCAUUGGCAAUGUCCUGCCCAUCAUCCAGUCUGCCGUCGACAAGAUGAUGCUGUACCAGGAAACCAUUCAACCACAGGGUGAUCUGCGCUAUCUCCUGGAGAACUACCGCACCGGCCGGUUUGCUCCAAGGGUGACCAUCUACGAGAAUUACUACAACAAGGUCGAUGAACAAACUUUCGGCGUUGACCUCGAAGCGCGCGCCAGAGCGGACAAGAAGCGCGUACCUAUGAUUCUCACCACCAUCCUCACCUACCUCGACAACCACUACCCUGAUCUUGAGGGCGAUGAUGCCAGAAGAGGCGUCUGGUUGGUGGAUGUCCCUCUGUCCCAGACUCAUGCUCUGCGUGCCAAGGUCAACGACGGCAAGCCAUUCUCUACCGAGGUCUUUUCUGAAUUCGAUAUACCCACUGUUGCCAGCCUGCUGAAACUUUACCUCCUUGAACUUCCUGAUUCUUUGGUGUCUUCUCACGUGUACGAGAUCAUCAGAAACCUUUACAAUAACCCUGGACCAGAGACCUCUGAAGAUGGGAACCGCGUUGGCGUGCUACAGCAGACACUGUCCCAGCUGAGACUCACCAACAUUGCCACUCUUGACGCAUGCAUGAACCAUUUCACACGAUUAAUCGAGCUGACGAGCGCCGAUGAGGAGUACGUCUCAUCUCUUGCCACUGCAUUGGCGCCCUGCAUCAUGCGGCCACGCGUGGAAACCUCCCUCACCAUGGAGGAGAAGCACGCGUACCGCCUGAUCCGCGACUUGUUCGCCCACAAGACUGCCAUCUUUAGCGAGCUGAAGCGCAUGUCGACACAAGGCCUUUCAGCCUCGAUAUCGACCAAGGAGAGCCAGCGGCCCCGUUCCAUCAGCACCAACGAGAGUAACCGCAGGCAAUACCAGGAAGAGCGCCAGCGCUUACUGCUGGAGAAGGCGGGGGGCAGCCGUAGCAGGGUGACCUCCCCAGCACCCAGCCCACGCGGGCCAGGCAGCUCUCACCGUAGGGACAGGAGCGUCGGUCGGUUCCCUGUGUCUGCGCCGGGUGUCACCAGCCCUACGGAGAAGGCUCCGGCGGCAAGACAGAGCGUGGGCCCUGUGCUUGGCAUCAAGCGCUCCAGUCUCGAGGUCCCAGGCGAGGCGGGCACCCCUACGCAGAGUGUUUCGUCCGAGUCGCUCGCCAACGGCAGCGAGACGACCGAAUCCCCCGCGUCGACCAGGAGUCGCUCCGAGACCAUCAAGUCCACCGAGUCCGUUGAGAAGCGCAACUCUCUCGGCCGUAACCCCGCGCGGUCGUCGCUGGGGCGCAGAAUCCCCGUCAACCCGACCCCGCUGGCCGAGUCUGCUACAGACGAGCACCGGGGUGUGACGUUGGAGGAUAAGCCCAUGGAUGACUAGUGACUUUCCGGCCCUCCCCAAACCAGGGCAAAUCAUAUCUCCUUCGGUUCCACUCUUCGGGCAUAAUGAUGGACAGACGGAGAAGGAAGAGGUUGUGGGAAGGCAGAAAAAACUA